AUGCCUUCAACACCAUCAACAAACAGCGCGGCAGCCGCCCGAGCCUCGAACACGUUCGCACUUGUGUUCCUGAUGCUCAUGGUCUUCACAUUGACCUUUGGUGCCUCCAUGGUACAGGUUUCCAUCCAAGGCUACCUACGACAGGUCGUCUGCCGACAACAGUACGGCCUACCCGAGAAAACUCCCAUCGAGAACGGUCUAUGUCACACCGACGCCGUAGACAAGCAGCUCGAGUGGGUCCAAGUCGUCGCCCAGGUCUGCCAGUCCGCCGGCGGCCUCCUAUCCGCCUAUCCCCUGGGCAAACGAUCUCAUCAUGGGGGCGUAAUCUGGUUCCUCAUCUUCGCCAUCGGCGCCGGAAAGACGUGCGUCGAGGUCGCCGUCUUGGCCAUGACGAGCGACACCACAGACGACCGCCAGCGCUCGAAACACUUUGGGCUCGUCAUCUUCUCCGCCCUGAAUGGACUCGUGGUCUCGAAUGUCAUCCACAGGUACGCCCCGCCAAUGGCCCUCGAAAUCGCGGCCCUCAUCGGCUGCGUCGCCUUCUGCGUCGGCACCACCUUCAUCGUGGCGUUUCCCGAGCUUCUAUACGCGCAGCACGAGGCCUUCAGAGGCGACCCGUCCCCAGAGAUCUUCUCAGCAAACCAGGCCGCGGUCCGGCCGCUUCACCGCGUCGUCUCCACCCUGAUAACCUACCGCGCCCUGCCCCUUCUCGCCAUCCUCAGCCUCGUCCUCACCUUGGCGAGAACGGUGCCCUCCUCUCUCGACUUCUACUUCGCCGCCAGGUAUAUCCCGACCGGGGGCCUCGAGGAUCCCCCCAACUCGACAUAUCGCGGCGGCGUCGUGAGCUACUGGGCUCCCUUAAUCGGCAUGGUCCUCAUCACCUGCCUCCUCCUCCCCUCAAUCUACUGCUUCCCCAACCGCCGACGGGUCUCAGGCGACCGCAUCGCGCUCCGAGACUACGGCCACCUCCUCGUCGCAACAGGCCUAGUAGUCUUCACGAGCGCCACAGCCCUGUACAGAAACCAACUCGUCUUCCUCGUCGGCAUGGUCUCCGCGACGGCCAUCGCGACGACAAUCCCGGGCCAAUGCUACUCCCUGAUGCUGUACGGACUCGGCGUCGCCGUGCGCGCAAAGUACGCCGGCCGGCUCUUCGGCCUCACCGCGACGACGCAGUGCGCGACGACGCUGGUCCUCGGUCCGGCGAUCGGUCUCGCCACGCGGGAAUCGCACUGGAGCGGCGUGGCGUUGGCGGUGGUCUUUGUCGCUUCGGUUGUCUUCUUUGUGGCCGUGUGGGCCGCCGAGGCGGUUUGUGCGGCUCCGAUGUAUGAGCGGCCCGGCGCCGGGGGUGGUGUUGAGGCUGGGAUCGAGCUUUUGGAUGUGGGAGGGCUUGCGGCGCCUCCUCCGGCGUAUGCGGCUCACCAGGAGGAUCGCCCUGCUCCGAUGCCGAUGCCGAUAAUACGUUCAAUUUCGCCAAGGUACGUAGAAGAAUGGCGUCUCGUUUCUUAG